AUGCGCCGCACUCAUGUGCAUCCCGCAAUAGACCUCUCUAUUCCAGAGGUUCGGGAAACCUUUGAGGUUAAUGUUUUUGGAAUGAUGGCGAUGAUUUCUACCUUUUCAGGCUUUCUUAUUGUGGCCAAUGGCCUCGUCAUCAACAUUGCAUCUUCGGCAGCCGUGUUACCAUACACGUUUGGCAGUGCCUAUUGUGCCAGUAAAGGUGCCAUUGUCAGUUAUAGCCGUACUUUACGCCAGGAGCUAGAGCCACUUGGUGUGAGAGUUAUGGUUUGUAUGGCAGGAACCGUGCGAUCCAAUAUUCAUAACAAGGAAUACAGGAGUCUAGCCACAGACUCGGUAUAUCUUCUUGUCGAUGACGUUUUCCAGAAACGUCAAAGAUUUGUCAACAAAGCAAAUCCAUACGAUACUAAGCUGUUUUCAAAAGAGCUGGUGGCCAGCGCCUUGAGCUAUGAGGUUCCAUGGCUUCUCAGGAGUUGGUUUGGUCGGCCAGAUUGGUUCUGGUCCGGAGGACUAGCACGAGGAGCGUGGUGGAGAACUACCAUUUUCGGGGAAUGGUUGAAUGACUGGGCUUGUUCUAAGAUAUUUGAUUUAUCCAGACUUUCGAAGAAGAAGGCUGAAUAA